AUGGCUCCACUCACCUCCCCGCCAGACUGUGUCCGCUGCUCCCGUCUCACUGUGAGGAUCGCCGAACUGGAGGAUCGGAUAUCCAAUCUGUAUAAGAUCCAAGAGGCUGAGCAGUUUUUGGACACCUUCAUUCUUGGUUCAGUCCACACCGACCCCACCGCUGAUUCUGUUCCUCCUCCGGUCACCGAGCCUGCUGCCCCUGCUAUUGGUCCUGCUCUUGAGGCCACCUCUUCUCCUCCGGUCACCGAGCCUGCUGCCCCCGCUGUUGGUCCUGCGGUUAUCGUGGACUCUCUGCCGGCUGAGGAGCCCAAUAACUCCUGGAUCCGCCUCGGGGCUAGACCAAAGUUGAUCCUGGCCAGCUCUACCCCGUCUCAUCAAGCUCCUUGGAUCCGGAUCGGAGAUGGUACAUGGGGAGGGAGGCAUUCCUCCCGUGUACCACCAAGCCGUGUCAUCAAGCUGCAGAAUAUAUAUAUAUAUAUAUAUAUAUAUAUAUAUAUAUAUAUUAUUUUAUUUUAUUUUAUUUAUUUUUUUUUUUUGUGAAAGUUAUCCAUCUGUUUUUUGACGUUUCUUUUUUUUUUUUUUUUUUUUUUUUUUUUUUUUAUUUGUGCAGUGUGACAAUACAAGACAUACAAAACAAACAAUGGCAUUUGUGGUUUUGUGUGUUUGGUGUGUGUAAAUAAUAAUGAAAAAGAAAAUAAAUAAAAAAAUAAUAAAUAAAUAUUACAAUUGUCAGACAAGCAAAAAAAGAAAAUUAUACUACAUCAACAAUAUCAAUAAUAAUAACAACAAUAAUGGUAAUAAUCAUAAGAAGAAGGAAUUUGUGGACCACCUCGGGUCCCUUCCCGCUCGCACGAGACCCACCUGCAUCCCUCCAGGCCCCCAGACUCCCACCCCAACCCCCGCAUGCCCCGGACUGAAUGCGGCACAACACCUUACCCUAUGUCUAUAUAUGUAUUUAGUCUUUGUUAUUUACUUAAUAUACUUUAUAAUUAUUUAUUUAUUUUUAUUUAAUUGUAUUUAUUAUUAUUAUUAUUAUUAUUAUUGUUGUUAUUAUUUUAUUUAUUUUAUUUAUUUAUUUUUUCUUAAUUUCUCUCAUAUAUGUGCUUUCUAAUGUUGUGCAUUAAAACCGAGGAGAGGGGUUGUCCUGAACUAUAAUUUGAUGAGAUUGAGACCCCGUUCCUCUUCCUAAUCUAGUGUGAUGUGCAAUAAAAGAGGUGAUGUGCCAUCUGAAGACAGUCCAGGGCGGAGAACUGGGGGAGGGGGGAGGCCGGGAGGGCAAGGAGAUCACAGGUCAUUGUCUAACAGGCGCGACCUAGCAGGGACCCGAGCAGAAAAUAACAACUGUAAAUGUAAGUAUAUAAAUAAAUAAAUAAUAAUAAUAGAAAAUGACAAUGACAAUAAUAUUCAUCAUAAUAUUUGUAGUAAUAUGUAGUAAGAAAUAGAAAAUAAAAAUCAAUAAACAAUAAUAAUAAAAAAUAAUAAUGAUAAUGAUAAAGAUAAUAAAGAUAAUAAUAAUAAUAAUAAUAAUAAUAAUAAUAAUGAUAAUAAUAAUAGUAAUAAUAGUAAUAAUAAUAAUAAUAAUAAUAAUAAUAAUAAUAAAUAGAUAAGUAAAUAAAAUAAAAAUAAAAAGUUGGGAAUGAAAGUGUCAGAGAACAGAGAUGGAUGAUGUUGUGACUGGUUUGUGGCAGAUUAUGAGCUUAGAAAAGUGAUGAAUGAUAACCAGGUAGAGUUAUGAUUAUUGUCAGAGGAGUUUGUAUUUUCUAAGGAGAUGUAGUCUAUGAGCAGGUUUUUCCAGUGUAUUAUGUGUAUGGAGUUCCGAGACUUCCAGUUCAUGAGGAUAGUUUUCCUGGCAACGGUUAGUGCCACUAGAAGUGAACGUGUGUGUGUUUUGUCAAGUUUUAAUGGAGAUAGGUCUCCUAAUAAACAGACGGAAGGGGAAAGUGGGAUGUGGCAGCCCAUAAUCUGGGAUAAUGUUUCUGUAAUGUUUCUCCAGAAGUGGUGAACAGGUGUGCAGUGCCAGGUUGCAUGAAUAUAGGUAUCAGUGCAGUUUAGUGAGCAGUGUGAACAGUUUCCAGAUGAUGAGAAGCCCAUUUUUUGCAUUUUGUGUCCAGUCAGAUGAGUUCUGUGAAGGAUUUUGUAUUGUAUGAGUUGUAAAUUAGCAUUUUUCGUCAUGGAGAAAAUGUUCUUGCAGAUUUGGGGCCAGAAGUCAGCAUCAGGAGCAAUGGAGAGAUCAGUUUCCCAUUUUUCUGAAGGUAUGGAGGGUGUUGAGUCGGCCUGUGAUAAUAAUUUGUAUAAUUUAGAUAGGAGUUUCUUUGAGGAAGGGAUGUUAAUGAGUUUAGAGGGUAACGGGGGGAGGUCUAAGUUUAUAUUCUUGUUUUUCAUUGAUGAUUGGAUGGAUGAUGAAACCUGUAGAUAUUGUAGGAAUUGAUGGCUCCUGAUGCCAAACUUCUGGACCAGGAGAGAGAAUGGGACCAGGGUGUUAUUAUUGAAGAUAUGUUUGAGGUGAGUAAUCCCUUUCUCUACCCAGGUGCUGAAGUAUAGUGAUUGUUUAUUGCUGAUGAAGUCCAGGUUGUGCCAGAUCGGGGUGAAAAGCGAUGGUGCCAGAGUGGAGUUAGUAAUGCUGUAGAAUUUCCACCAGGCUGUCAGGGCCGAUGAUAUUGUGGGGUUUUGGAAACAGGGGUGUUUUUUGAUAGUUUGACUGAGGAAUGGUAGGUCUGAGAGAUGGAUGUCUUUGCUAACUGUUUGUUCUAUGUCUAACCACGUGCUAUCUGACUGGGUGGGGUGGGUCCAUUUGUAGAUGUAUUGAAGUUGAUUUGCUAGUGAGUAAUGAUGAAAAUUUGGAGCAUUGAGUCCGCCUAAACUUUUUGAUUUCUGAAGAGUGGCCAGUUUGACUUGUGGGGGUUUAUUUUUCCAGUAAAAUUUGUUGAUGGAUGAAUCGAGGGAAUGAAACCAGGUGAGAGGUGGAUGAGUGGGAAUCAUUGAACAAAGGUAACUGAUUUUGGGGAGGAUUGUCAUUUUAACUGUUGCUAUUCUGCCUAAUAUAGAUAAUGGGAGGUUCAUCCAUCGUUGGAGAUCAUCAUUGAUUUUUUUUAGGAGUGGAGUGAAAUUCAGGUUGAUCAACUCUGACAGCCUGGGGGAAAUGUGGAUGCCUAAGUAGGUGAUGUGACUUGUGCAGAAGGGGAUGGGUGUUGUAAGGGCUGCCACAGCCAGACUGUUGGUGUUUAAUGGGAGUAUGGAGGAUUUGUUCCAGUUUAUUGAGUAGUCAGAGAGAAGGGAGAAGGAUUUGAUGACACUGAUUACUUCUUGUAGUGAUGAUUUUGGGUUAUCCAUAAAAAGUAAAAUGUCAUCUGCAUAGAGGCUGAUUUUAUGGUGCAUGUUGGGGGUUUGGAUUCCUGUAAUGAGGGGGUUCUGACGGAUGGCUGCUGCUAGGGGUUCAAUGAAAAUGGUGAACAAAGAGGGAGAGAGUGGGCAACCUUGCCUGGUCCCCCUAUGUAGAGUGAAGCUUUGUGAGGUUUGUCCGUUAGUAAUAACUGUGGCUGUAGGUGAGGUGUAAAGUGUUUUAAUCCAGUUAAUAAAUGAUUCCCCAAAGCCGAAACUGUGUAGGGUGUGGAUGAGGAAUGACCAGUUAACUCUGUCAAAGGCUUUUUCUGCAUCUAAGGUGGCUAUGAUUGAGUUAUGGUUAUGUGUGGUUGAGUGGUGCAUUAUAUUGAAUAGUCUGCGUGUGUUAUUGGAUGAGUUUCUUCCUUUAAUAAAUCCUGUUUCAUCCGGGUGAAUAAUGGAUGGAAUAAUUUUUUCUAAUCGGUGGGAAAGUGCCUUGGUGAUAAUUUUAAUGUCAACGUUGAGAAGUGAAAUGGGGCGGUAACUUGAAGGCAGGGUGGGGUCUUUGUUUGGUUUAAGAAGCAGUGAGAUAGAUGCUGUAUUCAUGUUGGGUGGAAGUCUGGAGGUUUGUUGUGUUUCUGUUAUCAUUCUGUGAAAAAGUGGAGCUAUGAUGGACCAGAAGUGUUUGUAGAACUCAGCAGGGAAGCCAUCAGGACCGGGUGCUUUAUUAAGCUGCAGAAUAAAUAUGACGUCCUUCGUGACUUUCCAUCAUUCCUGGCUGAGGAGCUCCCAGCCCACUGUCAUAAUAACUCACCCCCUGUCUCUCCUCCAGCCAAACCCCAGCGCCCGACCCGCCUCUCAUUGCCACAAUUCACACCAGCACCAAAAAGAGCGCCUGUCUCCUGCUCAGUCCACCCGUCUCCAUCCCUGCCGCCAUCACGAAAACAUAUCUCCCAGUCUAAGCUCCUGUUGGAACUGAGUCAGUCUCUUGAGGACAAAAAGUCAAAAUCACUCCUCUACUCCAUCUUCUGCUCCCCCUCCAGCUUUAGCCUCUACUGCGCUUGGUUCCAAACACCUGGUUCAGCCGCCUGCCCCAACUCCUCUUUUUUCUCCAACGGUGCUUAUCAUCGGGGACUCGCUGGUAAGGAAUGUCCGUUUUUUCAAUGCAAUCACCCCCUGUAUUCCUGGUGCCACAACUGUCCAUAUCCUCGACCAACUUCCCAGCAUCAUAGCUUCCCUUCCACCACCACUAAAAUUAUUGUUCAUGUUGGCACAUGUGACGUAACCCAGCGACAGUCUGAGUUCACCAAGGCUAAUUUUAUUGGCCUUUUUGCUCUCCUCAUUAGCAGUAGAAAGUCCAUCUUUAUCUCCGGCCCAAUUCCCACUCUGGCCCAUGGGGAUGAGCGUUUCAGCCGCCUCCGCUACCUUCACGCCUGGAUGGAAUCCACAUGCAGCACUCACAAAAUAAACUUCAUCCAUAAUUUCAACUCCUUCUGGUCCCACUCCUCUGUAUUUGCUCGCGACGGCCUCCACUUAAACAGGUCCGGUAGCCGCUUGCUGGCGGCUAACAUACAACAAGCUGUGGCGUCUCACCACCUGUCUCCCGGUGUGUGA